GAAAUCACACUUCAAGGGUUUUAGUUUUUUAAACUAUUGGUUUAUAAUUAAAUACAAUUAGAGCGGUAGCUAAAAAAGCGUCCCUGAACCAGUAGUACCGAUAAAACUGUUGCGGAAUAUUUAUGUUUCUCCACCGCUGUAGAUCACUUGCUAAUAUAAAAUAGGCAAUCUGUGUUUCAAACGUCAGUUACAACCGGACUUCCGAUAGAGAGUCACAAUAACACUCUACCAUGAGGGUGUUAAUACUUUUAGUAGUGCUAUGUGUAGCAGUGGCGUGCACCGCUCAUGAAGCGGAGGACCAGGCCGUGGCCGCCAGCAAGGGCCAUAAACACGAACACGGUGGAGGCCAUCACCACCACGAACAUCACCAUCACGAACACGGUGGUAAGGGACACAAGGGCCACAAGGGACAUCACCAUCACCACAAGGGUGAUGAGGGGCAUCAUGGCAAACACCAUCAUGAGGGACACCACCAUGAGCAUGGCGGUGGUCACAAGAAACACUGGGAUGAGCAUGAUCACCAUGGCGAACAUCACGAACAUGGUCACCACCACAAAGGUGAAAAACAUGGUCACCACGAACAUCAUGAUAAAGGUGAACAUGUCGAUGGAUACCACAAGAAACACCACAAGGACCACUUCCACAAGGAUCAUCACUUCCACGACGGCCACCACCACGAAGGCAAACAUCAUAAGCAUGGACAUCAUCAUGGACACCACGAAAAGCAUGGCGGAGACCACAAGAAGGGUGGUCAUCAUCACUCCGGUCACCAUAAAGAUCACUAUGGCAAACAUGGACACCAUGACAAGCAUCACUAUGACGAGGACCAUCACGGCCACAAGGGUCAUCACGGACACGAUGAACACCACCACCAUCAUCAUGACCAUGGCAAGAAGGGCGGCCAUGAAGACCACAAGCACUGGGGAUUCCAUCAUGGAAAGCAUUAAUAUUAUACUUAACCGUAAUUAUUGUUAUGAAUUUUUGUUGCCAAUUAUGAAAUUUGUUAUCGUUAAUUUUUAUAUGUUUUAUACAGCAAAUAAAUAUGGCUGAAGUUAUACU